AUGGGGAACUUGCGGCCCUGCGGCGACCGGGGGAGAAGCUAUGGGGAAUGGGGGCUGCUCUCCCAGCAUUUGGGGAGGGGGUGCAGACAGAUCCCACUAACACCUCUGCUCCCCUCCCCUGUAGGGUCGCACUCCCUGCAGUACUUCCUGACGGCCGUCUCGGAGCCCGGCCCGGGGGUGCCCGAGUUCACCGUGGCCGGCUACGUGGACGGGCAGCGGUUCGUGGAGUAUGAUGGCGAGGCCCAGCAGAUGCAGCCCCGGGCGCCCUGGAUGCAGGAGACCGAGCCCGAGGUCUGGGAGCAGGAGAACCACGUCCACAAGGUGCGUCAGGCCUGCUUCCGGGGCAAGGUGCGGAGCCACAUGCACCUCUACAACCAGAGCAGGGGCUUCCACAUCUUCCAGUACGCCUACGGCUGCGAGAUCCGGGUGGACGGGAGCACCGGGGGCUUCCGGCGCUUUGGCUACGACGGGGGCGACUUCCUGAUCUACGACGCCGCCCGGCACCGCUGGGAGGCUCCUGCCCGGGAGGCCGAGGCCACCCAGCGCCGGUGGAACGGGGACCCGGUCGCCCUGCAGUACUACCGCCACUUCCUGGAGCGGGAGUGCGUCGAGGCCCUGCGCCGCUACCUGCAGCUCGGGCAGGGGGCGCUGGCCAGGCGGGAGCGCCCGGCCGUGCGGGUCACCGGCAGAGACGCCCCCGGCGGCCCCACCACCCUCUCCUGCCGGGCCCACGGCUUCUACCCCCGGGACAUCGCCCUGAGCUGGCUGCGACAUGGGGGGAGCAGAGAGCAGGAGCCGCGGCGAGGGGGGGUCCUGCCCAACGGGGACGGGACCUACCAUGCCUGGGCCACAGUGGAGGUUGACCCCCGGGAGAGAGACCUGUACAGCUGCCGUGUGGAGCACGAGAGCCUGGGCGAGCCGCUCGUCGUCGUGUGGGAGCCGCUGUCCGAGUCGCUGCUGGUCCCGGUGGUGGCGGGCGUGAUCCUGGCCCUGGGGGCGGUCGCUGUGCUGGUCGGCCUGGCCUGGAGAAGGAGGCUGUCAGGGCCCCAGGCGGAUCUGUACUCGCCGGCGCCGGCCAGCGAGCAUGGAUCGGACAGCUCCAUCACCGCUCUAACGUAGCCGGUCAGAGCCGGAGGAGACCCCAGACUGUGAAGACACGGACUGACCAGGGGGGUCCGGCCCCCCGCCUCUCCUCUGUGUUAUCUCCCUGUUACUCCUUGUGUUCGGCCUCAGCGCUGUGCCUGGUGCUUUGGUGAACAGCCCCACGUCCCCUGAACCUCCCUGGGACCCACUGCCGGGGGGCCGCCUGCCCCGAGCUCUGCGUGUCGGCCAUGGGACGCGAACUGGGCAGCCCCGAUGGGCACAGCCGGCCCCAUUCACUGCAUGGUUUAUUUAGUGUGUGAGCCCCUCGGGGCAGGGACCACAGCCUCCUUAUCUCUGGGGUGCAUGGAGCCCCCUCCCAGCAGCCACUGGGGAAGGGGGGAAGGGCUGUUCACGUGGAAAACCUCCAUGUUGGGCCAAAACCUGAACACCUUUGGCUGAAAACCACCAAAUUCCAUGUGGCAAAGCUGCCGCUGUCGCUCGUGGGAGCUGGAGUUCGGGUACCCCGUGCUCCCACUCGCUGUAGGCCGGGCUCCCUCGGUGCAUCAUGGGAGUCCCUGCUGGUGGGAGCAGUGCAGUCUGGGAGCCAGGACUCCUGGGUCCUAUUCCCAGCUCUGCCGCUGGCUUGCUGUGAGGCACUGAGUGAUUCCCACCCCUGCUGUGUGCCUCAGUUUCCCUCUCUUGAAAACAGGGAGAAUACUUUAGUUCCUGUCCUGGGGGGGUUGUGAGGGUGCCUGUUACAGGGCCUUGUCCCAGAGGGUGUGUGUGUGUGUGUGUGUGUGUGUGUGUUAGUCUCUCUGUUUAAAGCACUUUGAAGACAGUUUGUCGCCAUGCCCAGCCGUGGAGGGGGGGGGGGGUCUGGCGCUGGCAGCACUGGGUGGACCCACAGAACCGGGGUCAGACGUUUCCCUGGCUCUGACCCGCCGCUGUCGCUACCCCAGAACCAGACACAAACUCCUCGCUCUGCCGUGUGCAUUGUCCCAGGGAUACAGACACGGCCCUUUCUGUGCUGCCCGGGGUGUGUGUCUGGUGUGGGGGCUCUGUGGACCCUGGGCCUGCAGCUGUGGGUCUGUCCCGUGUCUGCGGUUGGGGUCUGGUUUGUGUUCUCGUCGACAUGAGACGGACCCGCUAGAGACUGUUACGCUGCUGUUACAAUCACCUUUUCAUUCGCUAUAAAAGUCAACACGAAAUUAA